AUGAUUGACUUGGAGGAGAUUCCAGUUUCCCUGAGUUCUGGUGGUGAGGAUCCUGGUAAGGAGCCAGCAGAAUCAGUCACGGAAGUUGAAGAUGAAAUAGGCAAAAGAGAGGCACAAAACAACUGUGUGACGAGACUGCGAUCUAGUCUUCAAGUUGUUUUGAUUGUUAUUUUGGGAGUACUUCUUUGUGGUGUAGCCGGUGCCCUCAUUGCUCAACUGAACAAACAGCAAAGUCUGACAGCAGAAUUACAGCAUAUGGCACACAACACCAAGAAGCUGCAAAUGAAAAUCACUGAGCUGCAGCAACUUCUUAACUCCACUCAUCAGAACUUCACCCCUCUGGGAAGUGAGUGUGGCCAACUGAAGCUGCUUGUAAACACAACACGGUACAACCUCACCUUGUUGUCUGCUGAAAACACACAGCUGGGUCUGCUCUUGAAAAACAUAUCGCAAGAAAAAUCCCAGUUACAAGUGUUGAACAAAGAACUUAACACAGCUCUAAAUUCAACCUCUGAGUACUGUGACCUUGUGGAAGAUGAGAACAGAAAACUUAACCUCCUUCUGAAUGAAUCGUUGGACAUCAUCACCAUGGUCUCUGCAGAAAGCAAACAGUUGCGCCUGCACUUAAACAAGGAGCAACAAACCUCCAAGCAGUUGGAAGCAGAAAACAAACACCAGCGGUCAAUCCUGCUCUCUGACAGACUGUCCUUCCUCUGGAGAUUCUGCGACAAGGACACGCUGCAGUGUUCCCGCUGCCUUCCUGGCUGGGUUGAGCAUGCUUCACGUUGCUUCUUCCUGUCCCAGGAAACAGAGAAGUGGGAAAAAGCUCGCAAGAUAUGUCUUGACUUGGGAGGUGACCUUGCUGUUGUUUUGAAUGCCAAAGACCAGGCAUUCUUGACUAACAUGACUUUUCAGUUUAAACAGCAGCACCCGGAGGUAUUAUUCCAUUCAGCGUGGAUUGGGUUGCAGGACAUGGUGAAGGAGGGUACCCACAUCUGGGUCAAUGGCAACAGAAUCCACAGAAAUGUCAUUUACUGGAAGCCCAUGGAGCCAAACAACGCCAUGGCCUCCUGGGACACAAGCCAGGCAGGACAGGACUGUGUUGCCAUUGUCCCGCCAUCAAAAAUUGGAGAGAAGAACUGGUUAAAGUCCUGGGAUGACAUUGUCUGUGGUGGCAAGAGGCACUUUUUGUGUGAGACCAUGGCUCUAAAUUUGACAUGA